ACAGUUUUUUAAUUCAACAAUUUACCAUAAGCCACUUAUGAAUAAUUAUUGGAUUUUAUUUAUAUUCGAGUUUUCAGGGAUGUUUUGAGACCUUAGUUUGAGGUCGGACUGAUGUUAUAAAACCGGAUUGAUAGGCGUGAACCAACUUUGUUUGAGUAGAACCUCUAUACUAGUAAUUCGUGCGUCAUCAGAUGGAAAAAAUAAUAUUAUCAGUUAUUUAUUUGUUAUACGUUGUAAUUGUGAGUUGUGGAACUGGGACGUAUAAAGUACCUGGAUUGUUAAACUUUGCUAUACCGGACGCGCGAUCGUUGAAGAAAUCGCUGAGAUUUGAUGAAGACAUUUAUCUCAAUUUUACAGAAUUAGCCAACAAAUACAAGUACGCAACAGAGGAACACCGAGUCGUCACCGAAGACGGGUACAUUCUGACCGUAUUCAGAAUUUCGCCAAAAUGUCGAAACGUUACCGGAUAUCCAAUAAUAUUGCUUCACGGCAUCUUCGACAGCUCAGACGUGUUCAUUCUAGCCGGACCGCAGAAUGGGUUAGGAUAUGUUUUGACCGAGAAUUGUUACGACGUGUGGGCCGCUAACCACAGAGGCAACGUUUACUCGAGGAACCAUCUAACUUUUGAUCCAAACAAAGACCCCGAAUACUGGAACUACUCGUUUGACGAACAUGGUUUCUACGAUCUUCCGGCCGUAAUAGACUACGUAAUGAAAAGUACUGGUCUGCCGAAAGUGAACUACAUCGGACAUUCCCAAGGAACUACGGAUUUCUUCUCGAUGGCCUCUCUAAAACCAGAUUAUAAUGCCAAGAUACAGCUCUCAGUGCAUCUAGCUCCUGUUGUUUUCUUGAAAAACUUCGGCAUACCAAUAUUAAAGUUGCUAGCACCUUCUGUGCAUAGUUUAAAGGAUGCUUUUGACAAAGCCGGCCUUAGUGAGGUCCUAGCCAAGCACCAGUUAGCUCACGCCAUUAUGGAAUACUCCUGCCGUUUUGCUCCUGAUGCCAUUUGUGGGACUGGCCUCUACGUCACUACAGGAUAUAAAAGCGGUACUAUAUCGUCAAGAACAUUGUCCGUUGCAGGAGGUCAUCUCUUCUCAGGAGUAUCGACUAAAAGUCUGGCGCAUUUAGGACAGCUGAUAGCCUCGCAAAAGUUCCAGCGAUAUGAUGAAGGAACGCCAGGGAACACCGAAAGAUACGGCACACCUCGGCCACCUGAGUAUGAUUUGUCCAAAGUGACAUCACCAGUGCUUUUGAUGACCGGACAAAAUGAUUUUCUUUCACCGUCGGAGGACGUUAAUGAACUGGCUUCAAAACUACCAAAUUUAGUAGAAAAUAUUAUUAUCCCUAAUAAAACGUGGAGUCAUAAUAAUCAUUUGUGGGGAAAGGAUGUUUGGAAAUUUGAAUUUCCUAAGAUUUUAGAGUAUAUAAAGAAUUUUAAUUCUUAG